AUGGAGAUCCAUUUGCCUAGUUUACCAUUGAUGAAAAUCUUCUCCUAUCUGGAUGCCUACAGUUUGCUACAGGUUGCCCAAGUGAACAAGAACUGGAAUGAACUUGCAAGCAGUGAUGUCCUGUGGAGGAAGUUGUGUCAGAAGAGAUGGCUCCUCUGUGACAUGGAUACCCUACAGCUCCUGUGCACAUGGAAGCAGUUCUUCGUUUAUAGAACAUGGCAAGAACAUGCCAAGACCCGGGCCAAGCCAGAAGAUUUCAUGUACAAGGAAAUUCCUGCGGAAUAUGGAGUUCUGGCAUAUACACGUUAUAUCUCAGGGCGUGGCUUAACAAGAAAUGGACAAGGCAGGUCGGUCGUCUGUAUGUUGUCUUCUAUGGCCAAGAUUUCCACCUGGGAUAUUCAUGAGGGCGUUAUGACAUGGAUAAGCCCAGUACAGCCAGCUAGAAUCAAGCUGUUGACUACCCUCCCUGAGAUGCACAUUGUGGUCACUGUAGAUAUGCAAUCAACUAUCAAACUGUGGGACUGUAUCAGCAAUGAUGCCGUGGCGACUAGCAGCCUGUUCUUUCCCUGUCAAUCACUGAAGUCUGUCUUUACCAAGGAUGGACCUAUUAUCUUGGCAGGCGAUACCUUGGGUAAACUCUACAUCUUCAGGAUUCCAGAUUUACACCUCAUUACCACAGUCAAUGUCUUCCCAUAUGGUAUUAUCCACAUCAUCUUCUCUCCUCAGAAGAAAUGGGUCUUUCUGAAUAGGAAACACACACAUAUCAUGCCAAAGGUGUUUUACAUUAACAGCUUACUAAGGACAUCAGAAUUCUCUGACCCAGUGUCUACCAUUCUCCAAUUUUCAUUAUGUGAAAGAGCCUGCUGGACCCCAAGAAGGGAAGACAGGAUAACCCUGAUGUCUAUACGUGGCCCCCAUAAAGUUCCAAAGUUUGUCACAUUUGAUAUGGAGCUGGAAGAGAUUGGGAACCAAAUAAUUGUUAAAGGAUAUUUGACAGCCAGCUUCUCGUUGGCAGAAUAUGAGGGGAGACCAGAAUGGUUUGGAGUCAGUGAUAAGGAUAUGAUUGUUUGUUCAACUGUAUCCUCUCUGUUGCUCUUCAAUAUGCAGGGUGUCCGUCUGCAGACAUUUCAGUACUUCCCAGAAGAGGUCUUGAGACUAUGGGUGGACCCUGUUCAUGUCAUUGUCACCUUUAUCGAUGGCUCUUUGGAUGUGUAUGCAUGGGAGGAGAGAAGUCCGCUGCUCAGGAAGUGUUAUCGACUACAAAACAGGAGACACCUGCCACCACAAAGUUGCAUGGAAAAAACUUUAUGUGACGAAGUGAGCAUAAUUCGGGUGAUGAUAAACGGUCCCAUUCCCUGCUAUCUGAUGGCAUAUACCUUGAACAUCCACUCUUAA